UUUUAAUGACAUAGGCUAUAAUGUACACGAACUUACGAAGAGAAUUUUUCCCUAUGCCACGAUGCAUAGGGGAUAAAAAUGCUGCAAGUAGGCCUUCCGCUAGCCUGGCUCUUGUGGAAUUAUGUUGCAGUCAGUCAUCAGAAAUGGCAGUCUAUUUUAGGAGAUUGAAGCAGAGCAGAAGUUUGCAUGGCCACACCCUCGUCGUGGAGACAGACAGCACGAUGAGUGGAUCUCCUCAUGUGGUGAUUGUAGGGGCCGGUAUGGGGGGUGCGACUUGCGCCUACUACCUCAGGAAGGAAUUGCCAGGGGUCACCGUCACUGUGCUAGAGGCUCGGGACAGAGUCGGUGGACGCACCAAAGAUAUAACUUUCUGGGGAAGUACUGUAAAUAUGGGAGCAGCUUUAUUCAACACUGAGCAGAGGAAUAUUGCUGCAUUGGCCAAGGAGUUGAACCUGAAGAUUCACUGCUUUAAACGCAGUGGUGACUUUCCUGACAACACCAUCUGGGAUGGCCGUGAGAUCGUGCAGACUGGCAAACUCUUGUCCAUCGAACCAGAAGCAGACGCAAAAAUGCGGCAGAGCUUAAAGGAAUUCCUGUCUGCCCUGGAGGCCACCUACCAGAAGUACGACAAUGGAACCUUCCGCUCUAUCCCGGAAUUUCUGGCGGCAGGGGGACUGGAGGCUUACACCCGUCAGUCUGUGGAGGAGUUCUUUUGCGACACGCCGGUUAGCAAAAGGGUCCAAAAGUAUGUUAUCGAGACAGUGAUGCGUGAGUUCUUCGGCCAGGGGUUGGAAUCCAGCGUGGCUCUGGCCAUGAUUUGCCUAGCGGGGGUCUAUCAGGAUGCCUUCAAGACAGAGGGCGGAAUGAGUCAGCUGGUGAAGACCCUGAUCGAAUCCUCGGGUUGCAACCUCCAUCUCAACUCAUCUGUCUCUCUAGUCCGGAAAAUGGAGGACCAGUUUGAGGUGUGGUACAGCCAGAGAGAGGCCGAGCCGAAGCUUAAGAUAAGUGCCGACACUAUUGUCAUUGCAUCACCUCUUGAGUGGGCAGGCAUUGAGUUCGAAGGGUUUAUCCCGGCCAUUGUGCAGCCAAAACGGGAGUGGGAACGUGUGUACAUGUACGUGAGUAAAGUCGCCGCCAAGUCCAUCCGUAAGAGCUACUUCAAGGGCGUCUCCCUCUCUCCGGACAAUCCCUCAUGCAUAUACACCACAUCCGACGCCUCCCAGCCCUGGGUGGCCCUCCGGAGCAGGGACUCCAGCGAGGGGUACAACUCCUACAGUAUAUUUCACUCCGAGGACAUUGCCGAAGAAGGCUUCCUGGACCAGCUCUUUGAAGGGGUCCGAGAUUUUAAGAGCGAGCGGUGGGACUACGUCCACCCGGUGUGCCCGCCAGUCAGGGGGUCCGAUGGGUACCAGAGCAUUAUACUGGCCGACGGCUUGUACUAUCUGAACGGGCUGGAGAGCGUGGCGUCGCAGAUGGAGAUAGCUGUCGUCAGUGGGCGUAACAUUGCCCGGCUUAUUUCUAAGGAGCUGUAGGUAAUGGUAACACUGCAGUGCCCCACCAAGCCAUCUUUCCACUUGUCCUGAGGUCAGACAAAAUUUAUUCAAGACAGGCAGUUUUUGCUUGAGCAAAAUUAACAAACCUCCAUUUAUUUCAAAAAUCUCUAACACUUGUGGAUACAUUUCAUAUUUUUCAUAUUACUCCGUCAUGAGCACAGGGUACAACUGAAAUGUGGUCUCAGAUAGCUCCAUUUGGGAUGACAGUUUCAAAAACGUUGCUGGCAUAAUUGGGCAGGCAAAAUGUCAAUCCAAGAUGAAAUCUUGGAGCACUGUAUCAACUAGCUCAAAGGUUGUUAUGAUUUUUUUUAGUGUAUGUGUAAAAUUGAUAUCAUGUGAUAUCAUUCUGUUUGAAUGUGUGGUGGGGAGGUUGUCAAAUUACAAGGUUACCAAGGAACCCCCCCUCAAGCUAACUGACUUUUGAAACUGUUCCGGGCACUAGCAAAGUGGGGAAAAAUGGCCCAAUAGUGCUCACAAUCAAUGUAGUGUCGCAAGUACACCAGGGUAAGUUGACUUGGUAACCGUUGGUUGAUUUUGCCCGGUGCCCGGCAUAAAUUUCAUGCAUAGUUACUAGCCAGAAUUGACCAUUGGUUGACAACUCGUAGCAGAUCGGAUUUGCCCUAGUAUGACCUUUUUCUUUGCAAUAAGUCAGCACUAUCCUUGUUUUCCCCAAAGUCAAAUAAGAGAUUGCGUGCCUGAUGAUAUAGACCAAAUGUUGUAUUGAAAUACGCAUGGAGUGAACCGCAGGAAAGAUCUCGGAAUUUUCUGACGGAGCCAGAUUUCCUGUCGGCCAACAGGAAAGAUCUGUUGUUCAGGCAUAUCCAUUGUUUGGUAAACAUGAUGAUCCGUUUACUGACUGUCUUACGAAACCUGAAUAACUGAAACCUGGAACCUGAAACCUGGGCACAUCCGUAACAGCGAUUUUGUUACACAAAGAUAUGGUGCUGUUCUCUGAGCUCGGGGACGUCCGGGGAAUUCUGUAUCAUCAUCAGGUGAACCGAUUUUUUAUGGGACUCGCAUGUGGUAGGCUGAGAAAUUUUUAGGGUAUAAACUUUGAUGCCACAAACAUAGGGAUGAGUCCUUUGCGAAUACUCCUGUGGCUCAUGUCCCAUGGGUGAAAAGUUGCACGUUUGGGGGGUAUUACGGGGGGGAGGAAACAGGUGGGGAAAUCACCAAACUGCUUGAAAAUAUUUUAGAAUGGACCCCUUUCCACGGAUAAUGGUUUUCUCAGUCUGUCCCCUAUGGUUUCUCCUCUUGGGAAAUAUUUUGCCCUCUGGAAAAAAUUGUUUAGUAGAUCAGUAUAAGGAUUCGAACCUUUUUGCUCCAUCCUAGCACUACUGUAUUCAGUACUAUUGCCCAGCUUAAUAUGACUGAAAUACAAUGUAUUGACAAAAUUUUAUUUGAUGGCCUCUUUUGCGUCUCGAUUGAAGAGCAGUGUCUAAUAGUUGACGAGUAGACACGCCUUCCGUUUAUUGUGCUGCUGACGAAGGGAACUUACAUUUGUAAAAGAAAGAUAGAAAAAGUGGAUAUGUAGGAUUGGAAGAGCGCAUUAGUAUUAAAUCCACUACUCAGAAACUUCUAUAAAGAAACACCGUUACCAUUGUUUAUGCGAUAUUCUCUUUAAUUUGUAUCCAUUCAUUCAUGCAGACAUCGACAUUAACGACAAUAGUUGAGAUAUCACAAACAUAGUAAUAAAUAAAAAAGUGUAACUGUACAUUGGUAUGAAUAGAGAAUUAACAAGCAACUGACGAGAAAAAAAGAUAAGUGUGAUAUUACUGUCGGUUAAACUUACUUGACAAUGGCAACAUCGGAAAUGCCAGCAUAGGGGUCUGGAGAAGCCAAAGGCUUUUAAUUCUCCCCUGUCCCAAUUUCCCUUGUAGCCUAAUACUAGUACUGCGGCAUUAUAAGAUUACUUAAGGGUACAACAACAAUGGCUACCGGAAGCUUCAACGACGUUCGUAUCACGCAUGCUGCAUAUGAUGGGUCCAGCUUUUAUGACGUAGGCCCUGCGUCCGCGUUAGAACAAUAUGUAUAAAAGAAGAGGUACCUGCCCAAUGAAAUGUGUCAUCUUUAACGUUUGUUUUUUCGAAACCAUACAGUGUUUAAAUAAUGCCUCCUUGUUGGUGAACCGUAUCUGCUGCAUGUACUCCAUGGUCCUAGGUAGUCUACAUGUAUAUUCAUACAUUUCAUAUGGACCUUUUUCCUGGGAUGUCACGAUCGUACAGGACCGCGAUGUGUUGUGAUGGUAAUGAUGCAUAGUGUUGUGAUGCUGAUGUUACUUAGUCUAGAAAAACUAUAGUCAAGCAUGCAUGCAGCUCGCUGAUGUUCAGUGCAUGUACGCUGCUGAACAAUAGAUGGAUCCCAAUACGACGCCUUUAGCGUCGAUCUGCGCACUU